AAGGAGAAGUUAAGGUUUUCAGUUUGACUUGUUGGUGUUUGAAACUGAAGGGUCUCAUGGCUUCAGGAUCCAAAUCAGUAGCCUCGAUCCUCUUGGCGCUGAAUCUUGUGCUGUACUUCAUUGUGCUUGUGAUUGCUUCUUGGGCAGUGAAUCAUGGGAUUCAAAGGUCUGGUGAAACAGCAUCUGUUUUGUCCCUUCCGGCUCGAAUAUUUCCGAUAUAUUUUCCGAUGGGAAACAUGACGACUGGUUUCUUCGUGAUAUUGUCUCUGAUUGCUGGUGUUGUGGGCUUCACCACCUCUCUCACUGGACUCAAUAACAUUUUCCAGUGGGAUGCUCCCAACUUACAUGCUGCAGCCAUGUCUUCACUUACUACAUGGGCUCUCACUCUAUUAGCCAUGGGAUUCGCUUGCAAAGAGAUUGAACUUGGAUGGACUGACUCAAACCUGCGCACCUUAGAAACAAUCACGAUAAUUGUAAGCGCAACUCAACUGCUAUGCACGGGAGUUAUCCACGUUGCUAUUUCAGAAGUUGUUCCUCCCAGAAUUGGAAGAGUAUGAGUUCCGGUGGUCGUGGUCAAACUUUUUUCUUAUGCAAAAGAUGUUCAUAUGAUGACUAUUUGCAUCAUGGUAUGUUAUUAAUUUAAUUUUUUCAAUUUGUAUCAUGCACAGUUCAAAAUUCAAAUGAAAUGCGCAAUUUAAAUUAUUAAA